AUGGCGACUCAACCACACAAGGCCAACGAUGACAUCGCCAUCCAGCCUGCCCCGGCGCCAGAGCAGGAGAACCACCAGCAGCCGCCUCCUCCGGCGGACGACGCGAAUGUCGGCCCGAAGCAGGUGAUCAAGAACGGCGUUGUGGUGAGCUCGGCCACAAAGCCUCCAAAGAGGGAUCUCCGACUUGCCUGGCUCUACAUCUUUGACUGGUACCCUAGCCACUACAGCAAGGAGGAGAUUGCUCUUGUCAAGAAGCAGGAUCGCAUCAUUCUUCCCCUCAUUUGCUUGCUAUUCUUCAUUAAGUGGCUUGACCAAUCCAACAUCACUAAUGCUUACAACUCGGGCAUGAAGGAGGACCUCAACAUCCGGGGAAUCCAGUACAACCUGUUCAGCACCUUCUACAACAUCGGCUACCUUAUCCUCGAAAUCCCCUCCAUGAUGAUCAUCUCCCGUCCUAAGCUAGCACGAUGGUACCUCCCUAUCUGCGAGACACUCUGGUCUAUCGUCACCUUCAUCCAAUCCCGCAACAACAGCGUCGAGAUGAUUUAUGGCAUGCGGUUCCUCAUGGGUCUUUUCGAGACGCCCGCCGCCACUGGCUCGCUCUACCUUCUCGCGUCGUGGUAUCGCUCAGACGAGGUGUUUAAGCGCGCAGGUGUCUGGUAUGUGUCUAGCAACAUCGGUGCCGCGUUUGCUGGAUACAUGCAAGCUGCUGCGCAUGCCGGACUUGACGGAAAGCUUGGAAUGCAAGGAUGGUCGGUACCCAUUCCCUUUCUGCUCAUGCGUACCAAUCUAAUGUUUCCCCCUUCUCGUAGGCGCUGGGUCUUCAUCGUGGAUGGAGUCAUCAGUCUCCCCAUUGCCAUCGCUGGCUUCUUCCUCUUCCCUGGUCUGCCUACUAGCCCUCGCAUCUGGUGGCUCAAGGAGGAGGAGCAGAAGCUCGCCCAAGCACGCAUGCAGGACGACGGUGUCAGGAAGAGUUCCAAGAUUGGUAAGCGCAUGCUCAAGCGUGUCUUCACUCACUGGCACUUCUACUUCGCUGUGAUUACCUACGUCUGCUACCAGCUCACGACCUGGGUUGCUGGUCAGAUGGGUAUUUGGGUCAAGUCUACUGGUCAAUACUCGAUCGAGUUGAUUAACAUCCUGCCCACCGGCACCCAACUUAUGGCCAUUGUUGUUGGAAUUCUUGUUCCACAGUUCGUCAUGGUGUACCCCAUUUGGAUGCCGGUCCUAUUCACCGGCACCGUCCUCAUCUUUUCAAAUAUCUGCCUCCGGAUCUGGUAUAUUCCCGUCGGUAUGAAGUUCGCUGCCUGGUUUCUUAUGGGUUUCAAUUCUUGCGUCACCCCGAUGCUCUUCCCUUUCGUCCAUCUUAUCAUGAAGGACGAUAAUGAAGCCAAGAGUUUUACGACUGGCGCCAUGAUGACUGUCGGCUGGUCCUUCUUCACAUGGUACAACGUCGUCGUGUUCCCUGUCACUGAGGGGCCCCAGUGGACGAGGGGUUUUACUGCUAGCAUCUGUCUCUGUGUCAUCUGGGUCUCCUUGUUUCUGACUGGCUACGUGCUGUGGCAGCGUGAUAUCAAGAGGGGCCUGUACAAGCAUGCCAUCGAAGAGGAGGAGAACGAGGAGAUUCUCAAUGAGAAGGUCGAACAGGUUCAGGCAGAAUCCACCCAUCUUGAAGAGAAGGAGAAGGACAAGGAGCUAAGAUAA